AUGGUAGUGAAGCCACUGAGCUUAGCUGGUAAUGGUAUGGAGUUCCUCCUCAGAGGUGUUGGUGACAGUUCUAAGAGAAUUGAUAUGAUGAAGUUUCUCCGUAAUGUUGUAUUACUUCGCCUUGUAGUGAAGCAACCCGAUGAAUAUGUUACUGAGACCCAUGUGGUCAUCAAGGAAGCAAAUAACUUUGUAUCUGGAAAACAACCUACAAAUUACAUACAGACAUAUGGUCAUCAAGGAAGCAAAUAG